CGAAACUCUACAAGAAAGCGUCCUGCCACCGCCUCUAUGAUCAUAUCUUCAAAAAAUCUAAAUCCGGAUGUAAGCCAACGAAGGCCCGUAGAUCAUUCGAAUCUCAUUGGUAGUGCUUCGCUACGAUUUUUCAUGGGCAUGUAGAAAUUGCUGCGCCGUUCAGCCCUACACGUGUACCAAUUUUCGGUCUCGCGUUCGCAAAACUCUAGGAAAAGACGCUAAGAGGCCGACUCGGACUAGUGCUGCGGUUCCUGGCAGAUUAAAAUAUGGAACCCCAGCUGCAAGCGAAUGCCCUACAGCUGAAACAGGGAAAUGUCAGCUGGUAGGGCGUGACCAAAACGAAACCGAGAACGACGACGGUGGAACCUGGGUACUGUCGCUGCGGCACAGCCGCUUCCCACGGCUUCCCAUCCACUCUACCCACCAGCUUUCUACGCGAGUGUUCAUUCAACAUGUAAUCUUAACAGCCUGAGGGUAGUCGUCAGCUGUAUGCAGGACUCGUGAAGAGAAUUCAAGAAAUAACUAUAAAAUGUCUUCAAUCUGCUUGUUGUUGUGUCUCGUCUUCUUAAGACAGGACAGCAGCAGCCGGUCAGGUUUAAUCCAGCACUUUAAUAUUCUUCCAUAAUGCGGUUCUCCAAAUCCUUGGCCCUUUUAGCGGCCCAGUCUAGCAUCAUCUUGGCCCAAACGAACGGCACCAAUAGCACGACCGAUGAGCCUUACCUGCCCCUCAGUACGGAUGAUCACUUCUCAUUCAUACUCUACGAGACACUUGCCUUGGCAAACGGCGGCGGCUCUGCGACCGGCGAGGUAAUGCGUGCCGCCGCCAAGAUCGUAGCCGGAGACACAGAUAGCUUCUACAACGAAUUCAAAUUCCUAGCCGACUCGCUGCACAAUGUCGCCGAAUCCAUCAAUGCGACCAAGUUCCCGGUGUCGGCUCGCGAAGCAUACUUCCGUGCUGCUUCAUAUUAUAGAACGUCUGUCUUCUACCUGACCGCCAAUCAGACGGACCCCAGACUCUUCAGCGUAUGGGACUCUGCCCUUGCAGACUUCGACAAGGCGGCUUCCUUGACAGAAGUGCGGGGCGAGCGGAUGAACAUCACUGGACCUGGGUUCGAAAUCCCUAUCAUUUUCUGGAAAUCACCCAAGGCGGCCGAGGGUCGCCCCGUCCCCACGGUCUUAGUCGGAAGCGGCUACGAUGCAUCCCAAGAGGAGUCUUACCACUCGAUAGGCCGCGCAAUCAUUGACCGCGGUUGGAACUACGUCAGUUACGAGGGCCCGGGCCAACCUACCGUUCGCCGCCAGCAGGGACUUGGCUUCAUUCCGGACUGGUGGGAUGUCGUCACUCCAGUUGUCGACUACUUGGAAACCAGACCGGAAGUUGACAAGAAGCGUAUUGCUCUCACAGGUCUCUCCUUCGGCGGUAUUCUAGCGCCCCUCGCUGCUACGCGGGAACACCGAUUCGCCGCGGUCCUUGCUAUCGACGGUGUGCAGAACCUCCAAACGAUAGCGUUGAAUCAGUUCUCGACGACUCUGGCUCAAAUCUACAAGAGCGGCAACAAGACCGAGUUCGAUACCUUACUCAAUGAAGCGCGACUAGCCCCCUCAACCCCCACGUUGCUUAAGUGGUUCAUCGGCCAAGGCCUGUGGUCCUUCAAUACCGACAGCCCCUAUGAUUGGUUCACGAGGCUGGGGAAUAUCAACCUUGACGGAACUAAACUAAGCAACAUCACCAGUCCCGUUUUCGUUGGCAAGGGCCAGGACGACCAAACUGCCGGAGGCCAAGAGACGACAGUGGCGAGUUUGUUGGGAAACAAGGCUUACUUUCAUGAAUUCAAGACUGCGCUUGGUGCUGGAGAGCAUUGUCAACUAGGAGCUGAGCAGCAGCUGGCACAGGUUACUAUGGACUGGCUUGCUGAGGUCUUUGAAACAACGACGUGAUAAUAUGGUAUUAGGGAACGUCUAUUAAAAGCGUUAGACUUUAACUUCAUUCUCUUUAUGACUAGCGCUGUUUCGCUUUACCUAGGUAGAUAUCUUAUAGACUAAUAAGGAUCAGAGUAAUUAUUUUUCUUGAC